AUGGGGCAGCACGACGAGACAACACCACUUCUCACGAGUCCGCACCAGAAUAUCAACAAUGACUCCGGAACAACUCGACAGAGGACAACAAGAUCAUUACUAUGGUCACCCAUCCAACGGCGCGUCAUGAUUGCAGGAGGCCUGCUCCUUCUAUCCAUCAAUUUCGGUGCUUUCAUGGCCCAAGCACCGCAACUCCAAAUAUUUGAGGAUAUAAUUUGCAAAAAUUAUAUGCAAUCGAUCGAUCCGUCGUUGCUAAACGACACUAUAGAUGUUUGUAAGUCGCCUGCCGUGCAGAAGGAACUUGCUCUUGUGACCGGCUGGAAGAAUACGUUUGAUAUUCUGCCUUCUAUCGCCAUGGCCUUGCCCUAUGGCAUAUUAGCGGACAGAAUUGGACGAAGACCGGUUAUGAUCAUGUCGUUCGCCUCGUUGAUAUGCAGUGAUACAUGGGCUAAGAUUGUCUGCUGGUUCAAUCUGCCUCUUCGCCUGACCUGGCUUGCUGGGUUGUUCCAGAUCCCGGGAGGCGGUAACCUUGUGGCUACCACUAUGGUUAUGACGGUAGUAGCAGAUGUGUUUUCUGCGGGAGAAAGAAACACCGCAAUCUUCCGCCUGACAGCGAUGACAACAGUCGCCGAAAUCGUCGCAACUCCGCUGAGCGCGAUGAUGCUCGAGUCCGAUCCAUGGAUUCCAUUCAUUCUGGGAACAGUUAUCAUGAUUUCUUCUUCAUUAUUUGUCUUUCUCAUGCCGGAGACACUGGGCCAGAUGAAUGUCAACUCUGGUAUCCAGGAGGAUACAUUUGAACGGAGUCCAGAAGACUCCGAAGAGACCUCGCAAUUAUUACCGACAAAGAAUGACACAAUCGCAGAGAUUGUCUUAGGCAAAACUCAGGAGUUUAUCUUGUCUUCGAAAUUCUUGUGGACAUCACCGCGUAUACUGAUCUCCAUCGUGGCUGUUUUCGCUGGUAGUAUGGACAGAAGUUCAUGGUAUUUGCUGAUACAGUACGUAUCGACGAAGUUCCGCUGGAGCAUUGCUGAGGCAAGCUACCUCAUAUCAGUUAGAGGUUGUAUGACCCUUGCAACCCUACUGGUCAUUCUACCCAUACUCUCAUCCUUCCUAUCCCGAACCCUCCACUACGCCCCCGUCACAAAAGACCUAUACAUUGCUCGAUUCUCGGCUGCAUCAGGUGUACUGGGCUACUUGAUGGUUUCCAUCGCAUCAUCUGCACCGAUAUUACUCAUGGGAACAUUAUUCAUGUCAUUCUCCAUCCCUUUUGUGUAUUCAGUCAUAAGUGUGGCUACAUCAUUCGUCCCUUCCCAAAAUCAAAUUGCGACUCUGUAUGCUGCCAUGUCAGUAUCAAUUUCUAUUGGAGGUGUUGUUGCCAGUCCAAUGUUUGCGGGGUUGUAUGCAGUCGGAAUGCAAUUGGGGGUUGAGUGGUCUGGGUUGCCGUUUGCUGUGGGCUCGGGCCUUCUUCUUCUGACUUUGGUUCCAAUUCUUUACAUUAAAGUACAGACACAACUUGAAGAUAUAUCUUGA